CCAGGACAGCUGACCCAAACUGUCCAAAGGGAUAUUCCAUACCACAGAACAUCAUGCCCAGAAUACAAAUGGGGAAGGAGGUUCCAGGGGCUGCAGGGGGACAGGCUGGAUAUCGGUCAGCGAGUGGCAUAUUUAUUGUUAAGAACAAGUUAAGAACUAUUGAAGACAUUAACAGGUACUGAAGAACAGUCUCUGUCACUGUUUAUCUCCGGAGGGGUAAAAAGGUAAAAGAAGUUCCUAUAAAACAUUUUGUUGAUGAGAUCUCAGUCCACACUCAGUUAAUUGGCCUGUUUUGCAGGAUUUAACCUGGUGGCAUAAGAACCCUGAAAUAAAUCUCUUAGCUACGAUUAGAGAUGAAAGACAGAUUAGCAUGGGCAGGAGAGCUAAACUCUUUUUCUCCGUCUCCAUUGGCGAGUCAGUGUGAAGACAGGACAACCAGAGACAUCAGGAAAUCAGUAUUUCCAUCAUCCUCAGGAUGUCUGAUUCAGACUGCUCCUGCAUGCCUUGGACACAUGCCCGUAAUCAGCUUACGAGCUUCCCUUGACCUACGCUUCUUUUCCUAAUGCUGAUCUGACUAUGGCUGUCCUCAAAGUAAAAUUCACCAAAACUAAGAGGGACAAACUGGCCCAGAUCUUAUGGAUACUCAACUGGGUUUCUGUAGUGAGCGGGAUCAUUCUCUUCAGUCUUGGCCUCUUUCUGAAAAUAGAGAUCAAGAAGCGCAAUGAAGUGAUGGCAAAAGGGGACAUUAACUCUGUCCCCAACAUGCUGAUCUCUGUGGGGGUCAUAGCAUGUAUCAUCAACUUUCUAGGUGGAAAAAUCUGCUAUGACUGCUCAGAUGCCAACAAGUUCUCUCGAUGGAAACUUGUUAUGCUGCCAUAUAUCGUAUGUACCUUCUGUUUUACCUUCUGCAUCCUGGUGGGUGCUCUCAUGUGCUACACCAUGAAGAAUGAGCUGGAAGAGUCUCUCUACCUGGGACUGAGGGAUGCUAUUAAGUUCUAUAAAGACACAGACAUUCCUGGACGAUGUUUCUUAAAGAAAACAGUGGAUUUGUUACAAAUUGGAUUCCAUUGCUGUGGAAACAAUGGCUUUAGAGACUGGUUUGAAAUUCAGUGGGUAUCUGCUCGUUAUCUGAAUAUGGCUUCUAAGGAGGUUCAAGACCGUCUAAAGAGCAAUGUUGAUGGGAAGUUCCUGGUGGAUGGAGUACCCUUCAGCUGCUGCAACCCCAGCUCCCCACGGCCCUGCAUCCAGUACCAGCUGACCAACAACAGUGCUCACUACAACUAUGAUUUUCUGACGGAGGAGCUCAAUAUCUGGGUGAAGGGGUGCCGAGAGGCCCUGCUGGAUUACUACACCACUAUUAUGCGAUCGAUUGGCAUUGCAGCACUGCUUAUUUGGUUGUUUGAGCUCUGUGUACUUAUUGGUGUUCGGUACCUACAAACAGCCAUGAAGAAUGUCCUUCUGCUCGGAGAUCUGGAGGGUGAAUCAGAUGGUUGGUUACUAGAAAAUAGUUUUGUGGAAACUGCCAAAUACAACAUCAGUAUCAUUAAGAACCUCGGCAAAGCCAACCAGAUCUCCACUGUAUCAGGCAUGAAUGACCCUAACAUUAAUGUUCAAAACACAGACUGUGGCAAAACCAAUGUUUCAACAAAAUCUAUCCCUGCAGCUAGGUAGGCAAACCUUUGAAGGAAUGACAUCACAAGUUUAGCUUUGCUGUAUUACAGUACUACAGUUACCAGAUUUUUCACUGGUGGGGUAAAAAAGGAAAAAAAAUGAAGACAAUUGAACAAACCACAGACUGGUGACAGCUCCAAAACUGCUGAUACUUCUUUGGAUGGAUGCAUUUUUACUUGUGAAAUCCCUGAUUUUCAACACCGCACAAAACUUUUGGAAUUUUUCCCACUUUCUCUCUUUACCUACAGAAUUCUAUCAUGGUCUGAACAUGCCAGAGUAAUCACUAUGCACAAGCAAAUGUUCCAGAGAGGAUGAGUCUACAUCUACUAACAUACACAUUAGUCUAAUAUGUACCAAAGUUUGUCCUUACUGUCAUUACACCUACAGAAAUCCCAGCAAUGGAAAUUCCCAAAGAAAUUAUUACACUUGACAAGAAGAUUCUUUACAAAAAAGAGAAAAACUGAAAUGAAAGCUCUGUUAGUCCAAGAUAGGAGAGGAGAACUUUUAGCUGAAAUGUACCUAUACUGCAGCCCUUCUAACAGAACCUACUAGCUAGGUGAAACUGGAGGCAAUGAAAGUUACUGUCAUGUAUUUCAUUUAUAUUUCCCAAAAAGUCUGAAGUAUGUCUUCAUUUUUCCCCCUCCAUAGUCUAGGCAAAGCCAGCUGCCACACCUCCCUGUAAGUCAAAGGGUACUGCUGAAAGGAGUUCUCUGCUUAAGGAAACUGCCAGCUCCUGCAAGGAUAUUUGAAAUUCCAAGUAGCAUGUGAUAGCCCUAGUUUAAAAACAAGUAGAUACUUCCCCUAAAACAAACAUUGAUGAUGCUAGAUGCUUACAAGCUCCUCAUUUCAAAAGUACUUAACACAUUGAUCGAGGGGCAGGAAGAUAAGGGACUAUGUGAAAUCAAUGAAGGCAAAGUCAGACUGACAGCUCUCCCAUCACACUCCUAGAACAGCGCUCAGGAACUUUGUUAAUGCUUGGAGUGAAAGCCUUCAAUGCCCAAGACACCUGUAGUUACAUUAGUUAUGACACUAAUUCAUCAUUAGUAGUAAGGAGGAAAAACAUAUCGAUACAAAAUAGAGGUUAAAAGACAAAAUAAAGUAUUUUACUUGUUA